GAACGCGGCACGAGCGCCAAUAAUAGCGAAUUAAAGCCUGUCAACGUUCAUAACGUUCAUUUCAAGGUUUUCAUCGUGUCAUUUUCGAGUUAAAUGAACCAAAGUCUGGCCCAACGUGAAAAAAAAUGAAGUGGGCGGUUUGCACUCAAACGCAUUAUUACAGGAGUCGGUUUCUGGUUAGCUUAGCGGUCGAGAGCGCCACCAUGUUUCUUUCGUGUCGGGGUCCAAAACACCUCUCGCCGAUAUGCUACCUCCUGCUAACCGUGUGCCUCGCGUCCUUGCCGGUUACCGAGCCCAAGCGGGACAGCCUCCGGGAAGUCACCGACGGCAACUGGGAGGACAUUCUGACCGGAGAGUGGAUGAUUGAAUUGUCAGUAGCUUAGCCAAUUAUGCGCCCUGGUGUCCGGCCUGCCAGAAGCUCCAACCCGUGUGGAAGGAGUUUGCUGAUUGGGGGGAGGACAUGGGGGUCAACAUAGCCAAGGUGGACGUCACGGAGCAACCAGGUCUUAGUGGCAGAUUCAUCAUUACGUCGCUUCCGACCAUUUACCAUUGCAAAGAUGGCGUCUUCCGCAAGUACCGGGGCGCACGCACCAAGGACGACUUCCUCAGCUUCGUGGACGAAAAGAAGUGGAGUGUGGUGGAGCCGGUCUGCUCAUGGUUCGCACCCUCGUCUUUUCUAAUGAAUUCCAUGUCUGCUCUCUUCAAGCUCUCCAUGUUCAUCCGGCGUUGCCAUAACUACAUGACGGAGCAACUGGGCAUUCCUGUGUGGGGCUCAUACGUCAUCUUCGGCCUGGCCACGCUCUUCUCCGGCCUCGCUCUGGGACUGCUGCUGGUGUUCAUCGCCGACUUUGUUUUCCCGUCGCGACGAUUCUCCUCGGACUACUAUCAGAAGAAACAAACGGGGGACCAGGCCUGGCUCCUCCAACAACAACAACAGCAGCAGCAGCAGGAGGAGGAGGAGGAGCACGAGGCCGACGGCGAGGAGGACGACGACGACGAAGAGGAGGAAGAGGAGGAGGAAGACGACGAGGCGUGGAGGACGCGGCGGCCCCGCAGGGCCUCCCCCGAAGGCCGCCCCGAGUCCAAAGAACAGGCCGUGAGGAAGCGGGCGGUGCCCAGCCGCAAAGAGGAAGAAGAUGAGGAAGAGGAGGAGGAAGAAGACACCUAGAGGGGCGGAGUGGAGCGUCACGUCAUCUCUUGUCGAGUGGGGGGGGGAACCUCGCACUUGGAACGACGUUUACAAAGCGCCUCUCUUCCUCUCCUCCUCCUCCUCCUCUUCCUCGGGCGCCUUGGCGGCUCUACCUGAGAACAAAACUUGAGCGUUGGGAGGCUUUUGGAGCCGUUGGGAGUUUGCGGUGUAGUGUUUUCAGCUAUGCAUACUUUCUUUUUUUUUAUCUUAUUUUUGGUUAAAUAAAGGUUUCAUUUUAUGUA